UAUAUAUAUGUGUGUAUAAAUAUAUAUAUGCAUAUAUUUAUUAUUACUAUAUAAUUAUAUAUAUAAUUGCCUUUAUGGUUUAUGUAUAUCAUCUUACAAGACAAAUAAAUUAAUAGUGAUUAUUUAAAUCAGUUGCUUCUGAUCCAUGAGCAUAAACUUUAUUAUCUCUAACUUGCCCGUUACACACAGACACACAUUCAUAUAAAUAUAUAAAAUAUAUAUACUUUAAAUUUAAUUCUGUGCAGUGUGUGCUAAAGCAAUACAAGGGAAACUGCACAAUACAAUGCAAGGGAAACUACGCAAAGGAGGGGGCUGUUCCCUCUAUAAUUAUUAGAGGAGCUCUAUAAUCUUUGCUUUGGAUUACAGCGGGUGGCAUACCGGAUGUCGUGUUCUGUAUUAAGAAAUGGCAGCCGUGAUGUUCUGUCACGUAUUACACGUCAGUCCAUUGGAUUUCGGAGGAGUGGUCUAUCUUGCUCCGCUAUAAGAUCUUUGGUUUACAGUGAAUACAGAUUAGAACAUUCACAAAUCCAACCUAUCACCAGGAUGCAACUAGCAUAAAUUAACCACUCCCCACUGAGUUUAUUAUAAAUUACGCAAGAACGUUUGGCAUCAUUUAGUGUGUGAUUGCACAAGGAGAAAGAUGAAACUACUGUACAAUCUGCAUGUUUUGCUAAUUGUCAUCUAUCUAAGUCCAGCCUAUCAUGGAGAUGAAAUUAUUGGUGGUCAUGACGCUGUUCCUCAUUCAAGACCCUAUAUGGCAUCCCUCCAAAAGUUUGAUGGGCAGGAAAGGCAAUAUAAACAUGAUUGUGGAGGGGUUUUGAUCAACCGUAAAUGGGUUCUAACUGCAGCUCAUUGUGAAACCGAAGUAGGCACCAUUGGUGGAAAACGGAAGCUUCGAGUGGUUCUUGGCGCACAUUCUCUUUCGCGAUACGAGUCGAGUAAACAAAUAUUUCAUAUCAAGAGACAGAUUCCCCAUCCAGAAUUCAGUCGUAUUACUACGGAAAAUGACAUCAAGCUGCUGGAACUGGAGAAUAAUGCAAUGAUCACCAAUGAUGUGGAUGUGCUCAAACUACCUGGAGGAAUGGUUGAUGAUCUGAAGGCUGGAACUUCCUGCUUCGUGGCAGGAUGGGGAAAAACAAGUGAAGAAUUUACAUCUGACACACUUCAAGAGGUGACAAUAGAAGUAAUAGAUCGUAAAACAUGCAACAGCGAGGACUAUUACAAUCACAAUCCUGAAGUAACCCAGAACAUGAUCUGUGCUGGUGACAGUGAAGGCAGAGGAGAUUCUUGUGCGGGUGAUUCAGGUGGCCCUUUGCUUUGCAAUGGAAAGUACGUCGGGAUUGUGUCCUUUGGCAAAGGAUGUGCAGAUCCCAAAAAGCCUGGAGUUUACACUUUUGUUUCUAAAUACCUUUGUUGGAUUUGGAAAACCAUUGCCAUGCAGGCUUACAAUAUGACCAAUGAAGGGCUGUAUUGAGUCAUCAGCGUGCUACUUCACUUUGCUUUACUAACUAUGAUGCUCAAUCAAUUGGCUUAGAUAACCAGCAUGCUUCCAUCUAUAUCUGAGUAUAAUGUGUAACAUUGUACCACAAAAUGCAAUAAAAACUAGAAUUGU